AUGAAUGAUGUUGUUGUGCUGUCGAUCGAAGAUCUCAAUGCUGACUUUCCUGCCACGAAAUUGAAGUCUGGUGCGGGCGAAUCAGUUCUUCAUGUACUUAACUCUUUAGCAGAUGCCGCUCUCAUUCACACGAAUUUUAAAUGGGAGAAGAUGAUUCCACCAGAAAAAGAAGAUGACGAUGUUGCUGUUGAUCAAGAAGAAGAAGAAGACGAUACUUCUGAGAUUAUUGACGACGAUUACAUCGACGACGAUGAUGGAGGGGUUUACGUUGAUCUUUCAGCGCCAUUGAACAACGAGCUGCAGGUACACUAA